CAGGACGGUCCCCGGUUUUGCUUGGGCUGAGAAGCAGGGAAGGGCCAGCCCCGCGGCGGGCGGUGUCUCCAUUGAUUCGCCCAGGAUAUAACACCCCGUGGAGCUUCGACAUUUCCUGAGCUGAGCUGGGAGGAGGAAGAAGUUUCCGUGAUGAAAGGGAUGGUGGCGGGUGCUGUCUUGGGAGGAGUAGCGGUCGUGGCGGCCGUGCCCGUCGUGCUGAGCGCCGCGGGCUUCACCGGGGCCGGAAUCACCGCCUCUUCAAUAGCGGCCAAGAUGAUGUCCGCGACUGCCAUCGCCAACGGGGGCGGGGUCCCCGCCGGCAGCCUGGUGGCCACGCUGCAGUCCGUGGGGGCAGCUGGACUCUCCACGUCAUCCAAAAUCCUCCUGGGCUCUGUUGGGUCAGCUUUCGGAGGCUGGUUUGGACGUUCAAAAAAGGCACCUCCCUCUCCCCCAGAAGAAGCCGAGGCUGAAGAGAAAGAGCCAGAAGAAAAUGAGCCAGAAGAAAAAGAAUCCCAAGUUGAACCUCCAAAACCCCCAGUGGGGUCAGAGAAGCAUGAGAAAUAAAGAUCAUGUGCAGACACACCUCCCUGACUGUACUGG